AUAUUUGCUUUUCCAAAAUACAGUUGACUCGUACGAAUAGAUAUUCACGUUACUAAACUGACCCUGUACAUAUUUCUAUCUUGUACAAAUUCUGUGAGGGCAAAUAGACGGCGUUGUUUUGCUUGAUAGCGGCUGAGUUUAAGGCUUCAAUGUUGUGGUUUUCAUCGAAGGCCGCAGUAACAUUAUUGAGCUUCCGGCUUGUACCAAAUGACACUCACUUAGUUAUCCCCUACGUUAUUUACGAAUACUUUAUUGGCGUUAAGAUGACGUCCAUGGAAAUCUCAUACAACAAUUGUACAGCAUGGUCGUUAUUCUACAUUUUCUAACCAUGCUUUUAUGUGCUAUAUGAUAAGGCAUGUUGAACCUAUAAUAAUUAAGUGUACUGUACAGCUGACAAUCCAUAGUAGUUAACUGCAGUGUUCAACAUUCAGCCUUAGUUUUAGCCAAAUUACAAUGAACAUGGCAAUGAUGGGGGGAAACAUGUUUUUUGUAGAACAAUUCAUGAUGAGUUAUAGUGAAAAGCCAGAGGACAUAACGAGAGAAGAGUGGAUGGAGAAGCUCAACAAUGUCCACAUUCAGAGGGCCGACAUGAACAGGCUCAUCAUGAACUACUUGGUGACAGAGGGGUUUAAGGAGGCAGCUGAGAAGUUCCGUAUGGAGUCUGGGAUUGAGCCCAGUGUGGACCUGGAUUCUCUGGACGAGAGGAUAAAGAUCCGGGAGAUGAUCCUGAAGGGACAGAUACAGGAGGCCAUCGCACUCAUCAACAGCAUGCACCCAGAACUGCUCGACACAAACCGCUACCUGUACUUUCACCUACAGCAGCAGCACCUGAUUGAGCUGAUCCGUCUGAGGGAGACUGAGGCAGCACUAGAGUUUGCUCAGUCCCAGCUGGCAGAGCAGGGGGAGGAGAGUAGAGAGUGUCUGACAGAGAUGGAGAGAACCUUGGCCCUGCUGGCCUUCGACAACCCUGAGGAAUCACCCUUCGGAGACCUUCUCAACACAAUGCAGAGGCAGAAGGUGUGGAGUGAAGUGAACCAGUCUGUGCUGGACUACGAAAACAGAGAGUCAACGCCCAAACUGGCCAAGCUCCUCAAACUGCUCCUGUGGGCUCAGAACGAACUUGACCAAAAGAAAGUCAAGUACCCCAAAAUGACAGACCUCAGCAAGGGCACGAUCGAGGACCCAAAGUGAGAGGACACCAGGCUGUGUAUGCUGGUGGAAACUAAUUGGACUCCCCUCCUACCUAUUUAUAUUCUGACAGAGACUGACUGAAACAAUAUUUCUUCUUUCUUUGUGUGGGUUGCUUUUUGUGAGACUUUGUACAGUCCAUGUUAUCAAACUGGAUAGUUUGUAUUUUAAAGUGACUUGCUGCCUGAUACUUCAAUAUCUGAAAUAUAAACCCUUGUAUUUUAAUGAAGUAAAAUUAUAAGACUUUUGUUUCAUGUCUGCAAUAGAUAGUUGUAUAUGAACAUUUCCUUUUUGCAGAUUUCAGUUACACUAUUUUUUUUCUGUCUACUGGCAGGGAAAGUUAGCCAUCUUUGCAUAUGGAUGGUGUGUUAAAGCCUAAAUUAGGCUCUUGGGACUAUAAUGUGUUAACCUAUAAACAGAAAUGAAUGAGGGUGUGGUGUUGGGGUAGAAUGAUUGGUUCCCAUUGCUGUGGUCCGCUGUCAAUUACAGUACAUUUUGUUUUUCUCAACAACAAAAAACAUGCACAUUUCAGUUUCUCAUGAAUUCUAGAGUAGGGGCCAAAGCUGGGUACUGACUGAAUGCUAAGCUGCCAGUACCCUGUAAUGUUGUCAGGGUUUUGUUUCAACCUUAGCAUUCAUUCUGUGUUAUCUUGAACCAACAAGAUAAUAAUGUGAAUACAUACAGAGACAUACAUUUAAUUCAUGUUGACAGUUUUGCAACUGGAUUAUUUACAUUAUGGAAUAAAAUACUAUUUUGGAACACUU